UCAUAUAUUCAAAGCUAGUCAAGAGCCAGCCCCAGUCGCUGGCGGUGCUUGCUCGUACACGCCAUGUUACCUCCUCACGUAAUGAGUAGUGCUCUGUUGACAGUGCUGUGUGUCUGUUUGUGUCCACAAGCUGUGUUUUGUCAAUACCAGGACACUUGCACCACAUUGGAGGGUGGCAUCGGAACGUGUACGCCAGCUGUCUCAUGCGCUGCGUACUUCGAUCUGCAGCGACAAGCCAAAAGCUUAACUGCUUCUUUCCAGCUUAGAGACUCGCAAUGUAAACCAAAUGGAUAUAAUGAUAUGAUCUGCUGCCCAGUUGCAAAUGAGAGACCAAGAGAAACGACGCUGCCAUUUCGGGACUUAGACAAAGAAUAUAACUGUGGUGAAGACCAAAGGAAUGCUCAACUUGACGAAACGUGCACCACAAUUGAAGGUGGUGUUGGCAAGUGUGAGUCGUUAGCAGCCUGCGAGCCGUACCUUCAUCUGACGAGACAAGCCAAAAACAUUCCCUUGGCUAUUCAACUUAGAGAUGCUCAAUGCGGUUCAGACGGAAACGACCAAAAGGUCUGCUGCCCUACUUCAGUGUCGCCUUCAUCAACAGCAGAUGUGGCUUCCUUCAGAGUAUUACCUGAGUCAGACUACAUCACGGCCCUUCCUGAACAACCAGAAUGUGGCGUCGGUUUAAGUUUUUUCGUCAGAGUUGUAGGAGGUGUUAAGGCCGCACUGGGAGGCUUUCCCUGGAUGGCACUUCUUGGUACCAAACAAGAAAACUGGGACACAGCACGUUGGAUAUGUGGGGGAAGUCUGAUCUCUCACCGCCACGUCCUGACCGCUGCUCACUGUAUAAAGAAUGAAUUGAACGUGGUCCGACUUGGAGAACUGGACUUCAAAAGAGACGACGAUGGCGCUUCUCCCAUAGACUUUUCCAUUAAAAGAAAAAUCAAACAUGAAAAGUUCGACUACGCUUCCUUCACUAAUGACAUCGGCCUUUUGAUAUUGGGAAAGGAUGUGGAGUUCUCAAAAUUUAUCCGACCGAUCUGUCUACCGACGAGUGCAAAUGUGAGCUGGAAUCCUCUUGUAGGCUACAACCAGUUCCUCGCUGGCUGGGGAAACAUUGACAACCGCGGGGCUUCUUCAUCUCACCUGCUAUAUGUGGAGCUGCCUGUCGUGAACAACUCGGUAUGCGAGACAGCUUAUGAGUCGCGGGUCAUCGAUGAGAGAGUUAUGUGUGUUGGCAGCGUCUUUAAAGACUCCUGCUCCGGGGACAGCGGUGGACCGCUCAUGGACAAUAUAAUAAACAAAACGACUUUUCGUACUCAUUUCUAUCAGACCGGCGUUGUGUCGUAUGGUCACACUAAAUGCGGUGAAGCAGAUUUUCCAGGCGUCUACAGUUCACUGGCGUACUUCUUGCCCUGGAUACGGGAAAAUGUGCUGGGAUUUGUUGAAUAGCUUCAUUUUGUACAUCCGAUACAAAAAUUGUUCAGUGUUACAAAAAAAUGUUUAGAAUAUUCUUUGACUAUAAGGUAAUAAAACAUCCACCAAGAAAUAUA